UGUAAACCCACAUCUAAAGGAUUAACUCAUCUUCUAUUUCAUAAAUAGUGAAUCUGGCACGGUUUUGUAAUGGCUAACGAGCGGCUCAGAGGUCUGGAGGAGGUGGAGAAGGAGAUCGCGAUGAUCCUACAGUGCGCAGGUAACAUUGUUUUGGAGCUUUCCAAAGACAAACACAAUGCCAGCCUCUUGGACAGACAGCUGCUGCAGUUCCAGAGCUCUGUGAACCGAGUGGAGAGUGAGCUGAGUUCGCAGAUCCGAUAUCUCACACAGGUGGCUACUGGUCAACCUCAUGAGGGCUCCACGUAUUCGGCCCGAAAGGACUGUCAGAUGGCCCUGAACAGAGCAGAGUAUGCAAAGGUCAAACUGGGAGAACUGGGACGCACUUGUGAAGUCAUGUUGGAGCAGCCUCAGUCAUGAGAAUACAGACUCUGGACACUUGAGUAGUGAAUGUUGACAAGAUGUUUUUUUCUACAGUUAUUUAAAAAAUUUUCUAAAUUUUUACUAAUAAGUAAUACAGUGGCUCUCAAACCUGUCACACCAAGUAUCACAAAGAAAAGUAUUUGGCUUUCAAAUUACAAUUAAAAAUCUAAAUUUGUCAAAACCAUAUACUCCAGAGCUGCCCAAGUACCACCUGAAGGAGCUUGUGUACCACCAGGUCAAGAAACAAUGAACUAUCUUCAGCACAUACUGCAAUUAAACUUACAGCUUUGUCUAUUCAUGGAUGUCAGCUUCCUGUAAUAUGGAACAUUUAAGAUAUUUUGUUAUAAACUGUUAAUUGCAUUGGCACGGGUACUGAUUUUCAUAUUUCUGAAAUUAAUGUUUCUAACGUGUUAUGUUAAUUUUUCUGGUUGCAAAUGAACAGAACCUGCAGUUGUUUGGGUAUACAAAAGACUGUUGGACUACUGUCAAAUUGGAAAAAAAAAACAUUUAUAUAAUACUCUA